AUGACGCAACACGGGAUUCCUGGGAAAACGAACAACAAAAGGAAGAAGCGAGAAACAAAAAUAGCGAAAACAAAAACGGAGGAGAAAACAAAAGCAAAAGCACAGAGGCGGACGAAGCUGCAACUGGACUUCUGCAGGAAGUUCGAGGUGUACAGGGUUCGCCAAAAGUGGGGGGAAGUGAGCAGAGAAGACAUAGCUCCUGAACGUAUAAAGAAGUCAGUGUGCGCCGACGAGUCGGAUGAAUCCAGCUCCUCUACCAGGGUGAAUCUGAAGUCGUGUAUCAAACCACUCUAUUCGCUAUGUUUCGAUCUUGCGGAGGACCAGGAUUCGUUCACAGAAGAGCUGCUCAGGCAGCUUCCAAGAUUGCUAAACAGCCGAAAGCAGAAGACGGACGUCAGCAUGUGGAGCCAACUAAUCCGACCGAGGACGUUCGAUUUCAUCGGCCGGGAGACCCUAAUAAAUCGACUCGCCGCGUUCAUCUACAUGCAGAACAACCUGGAAUCUAUAUGCCUGGAAGGUCUGUCAUUGAAGCCCGGCGAAGGUAUACGACUUCUCACGGCGCUGUACAAUUCCCGUGGAACAAUGAAAUAUGCGUACUGUUGGCGCGCAUUCGAUAAAACGGUCGGCAUCCCGACGAACGAUCGGUAUCAGGCUGAAUCAAGAUUCUGCCCGGCGAAAAAUCUCGAGAAAUGCGACUGGUUUCGCGCGAUCGGUUGUUUGGCGUGUCUCACCACCCUGUCCAUAAAUUACGCGUAUAUAGCGACACCCACGGGGGAUCUACUUAUCUCCCUGGCCAAGAAACUGCGGGAAAAUUGGAAAUGGCUGCAACUGCUAUGUCUUCGGGAAGAAAUUACGCGGAACCGCGACGGCGACGCGAUUCUCAUACCCGAAUACGCGUGGAUGAAAGCGCACGGUCUGGCAACCAAACUGAAAAUACAAUAUGCUAUAAUUGGAAUACCAGAGCACGACGUCCACAAAUUGUUUCUCACGAAACAGACAAGGGUGCACACGUUCGCGCUAACUACAGGCAUCGACCUCAGGUUUCGACAACCCUGGUGUCUUGAUCUGACGAUUAAAACGAUCUGUUCGUGGUAUCCGGACACUUUAGUAUACUUGUGUUUCCGAUUUUGGCAUAAUCGAGAGAAUUUGGACGUUCAGUUAAAGAAGAUUUUUCUAGAUCUACCAUGUCUUCGAGUUUUCGAGUAUACUGGUGAAAUUCGGAUGUUGAAAACACUUUGCGCUAUGUGUUGUCAAAUACGAUCCAACAAAUGCAAGGUUUGUCGUGUCAACAUGGAACUUCAGAAAGUUAUACAUGAAGAUAUUGAUGAAGAAAAGUGGAUAAAAAGUAUAAAUGGCUUAAUGGUUUGUUUUAAACGCGAUUUCGAUAAAAUGGGUGUCAAGUUUGAUGUAAGUUUCUGUGAUUGCUGAUCUAUGAACUACCAUUAACAAGAAAAAUAGAUCAUAGGAUUAUGAAAUAUUUAUUACAUAUAUAUAUAUAUUGUAUCUGUAAUAAAUUCUAACGUAACAAAUAUAUAAA